GGCGGUUUGGAUUGGCACUUCGCAUCUCUCAUUAUCAACAAGCUAAACGACUUUAUCAUUCACCGACAAGUCUCUCAUCCAUCCAUUCCAUUGAGAUAUCAACUGAGAUAAUAUCACAAGAGGGGAUCGUACAGCAGAAGUGCGCGCAACAAAAUAGAUACAGUGCGAUCGAUAAAUCAAGCUAUAUCACGAUAAACCAUUAACCCCCAGUCGCAAUCUAUCCAACGUGCCGCUUCCUUACUUAUCCAAUAUGGCCGCCGGCCUCAAAACCAUCAUUUCCCUCUCCUUUGUAAGAUCGCCCCCAUACUCAUUUUCAUUCCAUCCCCUUUACCAAACCCCAACUAACCCUCCCAGGUCCUCGCCCUCGGCUUCCUCCUCGUAAUCCUCUCCUGCGCCCUCUUCCACCAAUACCUUCCCCUCCUCGUAGUCCUAACAUUCAUCCUGGCACCGCUCCCCAAUUUCCUCGCAUCCCGCUGCUCCUCCCCCGAUGACUUCUCCGAUUCAUCAUCAUCGGGAAUCCUAGACUUGGGACGUUUCGCAACGGGUUUCCUCUGUAUGAUGGGUGUGGCUCUACCGGCGGUAUUGGCGCAUAGUCAUAUUAUUACGGUGCCAGCGAUGAUCAUGAGUAUUAUUGGGGGUGUGUUGAUUUACGGAACGGUGAUUAGUUUUGGGAUGUUCUUUCAGGAGGAGGCGGAGUUUUAAGGGGAAGGGGCGGAGAAGGGUGGGGAAGGUGUUGAAUUGCCAGGGAGAUGCGUGGGGAGGCAGAAGUGCUGUGGAAGGAGAGUGUAUGGAUAUAAGAUGUUAAGUGGAUGCGGGAAGGAGGUGCAAGAGAUGGACCAAGCAAUGGGGAAGAUCUUGGUUGAGACUCCUGAACCAAAGAAAGGCAGAGCGCAGAAUGGUGCCAUCGACGAAGACGAUGAAGCAUCGGAGAUCGUUGGGUGAAAGCGGAUGGGCACUUCAAUUCACACCAGAGAGCAUGUCAACCAUUUGAGCACCUUUCUAAGUCAGAGGAAAGAAGAAGCGAAUGAUUAAUGGAAUGGAGCAAUGUCAUAAGCACGUGCUCAAAAGUGUGAAGAAGAUGCUAUGAUAAUGAGGAGGCAAUUAGGAAAGAGCUCAAGUGUACAAUGUAGGAUUAUUCAGUUAUAUUAGGUGAUGGACAGGACCGUCAUCUUAUUUCAUAAAAACUCUAGCAUAGGUAUAUUCUCGCAAAUCGCUAGAACCAUGAAUUUAAAACCAUG